AUGAUUUCCUAUCCAGCAAGCACAGCGGUUGGAGUCAGCAAAAAGGAGAUCAACCCACUUGAACACUGGAGGAAGAAUUUCCGUUGGCCUGAGGAAUACUUCAAGUCGGAGGGUAACAUGGAUCAUCUGCUUGCGAGAAAGAAAUCUCCUUCAUCCCUUCGCGCCAAACAAUUGGAAGCUGACUCCACACCUAGCUCUGCCACACCUAGCGAUCAAAUGCAGAGAGAAGCCAAAAGCAAUCCUUACACACACCCAAGCUAUGAGACUGUACUUGCCAUCAGGGGUAGCUUUAUGGUCAAGUCCGACUUGGGUAUCACAAAUGCAAGCAAGAGACUCUGCCAAAUUUUACUUGAGGCAGAGCAAUCAGUCCCUCGAAAUUCGCUGUUUUGUGACGAUUUGUUCGACGAAACUUGUGAGAGUGUGCAAGCAAGAAAUGAAGCUAUGGUUGUGCGAGACAUUUCCCCACUAAUAUGUCCAUCUGUUCAACUCCUAAGGAUCUAUGGCAUGAAGCAUCAUAAGCUUUUAAAAUGA